GAGACAGUAGCGGCGUUCGCGGCCGCCGCGGGCGCCCGGCCCCGCCGGCCCCACCAUGCGCGAGCCGGCCACCGGUUGUUGAGGCUCGGAGACGCGGAAGCGUCGGCCGGCAGCACCGGGCUCCCCACGCUCCCGGGCGCGUUAGGUCGGCCGGGCGGCGGCGGCGGCAGCGGGAUGGAGCCCGCGACCGCGCCCCAGCCCGACAUGGCGCCGGAGCUGACCCCGGAGGAGGAGCAGGCCACCAAGCAGUUUCUUGAAGAGAUCAACAAGUGGACAGUUCAGUACAAUGUUUCCCCUCUCUCUUGGAAUGUGGCUGUCAAGUUCCUCAUGGCCCGGAAGUUUGAUGUGCUCCGUGCGAUUGAGUUGUUCCACUCCUACCGGGAAACACGAAGGAAGGAGGGCAUCGUCAAGCUGAAACCUCAUGAGGAACCUCUCCGUUCUGAGAUCCUUAGUGGAAAAUUCACCAUCUUAAAUGUUCGGGACCCAACAGGAGCUUCCAUUGCCCUCUUCACUGCCAGAUUGCAUCAUCCCCACAAGUCAGUCCAACAUGUGGUACUUCAGGCUCUGUUUUACUUGCUAGACAGAGCUGUAGAUAGCUUUGAAACUCAGAGGAACGGGCUGGUGUUUAUCUAUGACAUGUGUGGUUCUAAUUACACCAACUUUGAGCUGGAUCUUGGCAAGAAAGUCCUAAACCUGCUGAAGGGAGCAUUUCCUGCUCGUUUGAAGAAAGUGCUGAUUGUGGGAGCACCAAUAUGGUUCCGAGUGCCCUAUUCCAUCAUCAGCCUUCUCCUGAAGGACAAAGUCCGGGAGAGGAUUCAGAUAUUAAAGACAUCUGAGGUCACCCAGCACCUGCCCAGGGAGUGCCUUCCAGAAAACCUGGGUGGGUACGUCAAAAUUGACCUCGCCACUUGGAAUUUCCAGUUCCUACCCCAGAUGAAUGGCCACCCAGAUCCCUUCGAUGAGAUCAUCCUGUUCUCCCUCCCUCCUGCCUUAGACUGGGACUCGGUUCAUGUUCCGGGUCCCCAUGCCAUGACCAUCCAAGAGUUGAUGGACUAUGUAAGCACCCGGCAGAAGCGAGGGAUAUACGAGGAGUAUGAAGACAUCCGUCGGGAGAACCCUGUUGGCACUUUCCACUGUUCUAUGUCUCCGGGAAACCUAGAGAAGAACCGCUAUGGGGAUGUGCCCUGCCUGGACCAAACGAGAGUGAAGUUGACAAAACGAAGUGGCCACCCUCAGACAGAUUACAUCAAUGCCAGUUUCAUGGAUGGCUACAAGCAGAAGAAUGCUUACAUUGGUACACAAGGCCCUUUGGAGAACACCUAUCGUGACUUCUGGCUCAUGGUAUGGGAGCAAAAAGUCCUGGUGAUUGUCAUGACCACCCGCUUUGAGGAGGGCGGCAGGAGAAAGUGUGGCCAGUACUGGCCUUUAGAAAGAGACUCUCGGAUCCGAUUUGGCUUCCUCACGGUGACCAAUCUAGGCGUGGAGAACAUGAACCAUUAUAAGAAAACAACGCUAGAAAUUCACAACACAGAGGAGCGGCAGAAACGCCAGGUGACCCACUUUCAGUUCCUGAGCUGGCCAGAUUAUGGUGUCCCUUCCUCAGCAGCUUCUCUCAUUGACUUCUUAAGAGUGGUCCGGAGCCAGCAGAGGCUGGCCGUCAGCAGCAUGGGCGCGCGCUCCAAAGGGCAGUGCCCCGAGCCACCCAUCGUGGUCCACUGCAGUGCAGGCAUUGGCAGGACAGGUACCUUCUGUUCACUGGACAUCUGCCUGGCACAGCUGGAGGAGCUUGGCACCCUUAACGUGUUCCAGACCGUGUCCCGCAUGAGGACCCAGAGGGCCUUCAGCAUCCAGACUCCUGAGCAGUACUAUUUUUGCUACAAGGCAAUCCUGGAGUUCGCAGAGAGGGAGGGCAUGGUGCCCUCCAGUCACAACCUCCUGGCCAUGGAGGGUCAGUAACUGUCCCGCCAGCCUCCCAUCUACUGGCCAUCCUUCCUUAGACUACCCUGGACACCGCUGAGCCUAUAGGUUGCCAUCAGUUAGUUACGCUGAAGCAAUGGACCAAACUGGAACCUGUGUCUCCUGGCACACUCGUGCACGCAAGGCAGUCUUUCCUUUUGGCUAGAUAGAUGUGGGGAGGUUGCCACUAGAAAGGGCCAGCAGCGAUGUGGUCUUAAUUCCUAGCACCUGCUAUCGAACUGUGCCUUAUUAAAACCAAAUUGUGGCUAUCGGUUUUUGCCAGGGGCCCCGAGGUAAGUGGGGAAGGAACGUCCCUUCCCCCUUUCCCGAUGCCAUUCUCCUUCUCGAAGUCCCUCUCCCGGUCCUUCCCUUUGCUAGGAAUCCCUGGAGAGGUUUGGUGUAAGCGUCCACCCUCCUUCCCAGAGAGCUCGACUAAGUUACAUACUUUAGAGAAUGUCCCCAGUGCCAAGCACGUUUAUACCUAGGGCGUGUAUUCCAGUCUUUUCUGUCAUUCUGUGUGUGUGUGUGUGUAUGUGUGCACACUUACAUGUAUGGGUCCAUAUGUACGUGUGUAUAUAAUAUAUAUUGUAUGUGCUAAUAUGGUCGUAUUCUAUAAAUACAUAUACACAGAGAUACUCCUUGUAGACGUUCCUGGGGUUCCGUGUUGCAGUUCAGGACUGCUUGCUUCUCGGACCCUACUGCUUAUCCUGGACUACCUGGGGCUGGGGAUCAUCUCCCUUGCUGUCACACUGCAGAGCGGUGGAAGAGGACACACACAGCCACUCUUCACGCCCCCGCCACCGGCCUUCAUUCUCACAUAAUGAUGUCUCUCUUUCCAGGAGCCUGCCUAUUGCAGCCGAGAAUUCUGGUUUGUGGGGACAUUGGUUUAACUCAGCAUGAAUUGCCCUUAUCUAAUGAUUUUACUUUGUUUACUUUGCCAAUUUGAGGAAUAGACCGCCACUGUGAUUCCAGACCCCACUUUCCUCUCACUGUUCCUUGGGGCUUGGGGUCUGGCAGUUGGUACGAAGUCAUAGAAGGAAAGAGAGGGAGCCCAGGUGUGGAAGAAAGGGAAAGACUAUGAGAAUCCCUCCUUGGGAGAAUGAGCUGGGGCCCCUUUUUCUUUUCUAGAAAGUUCCUUUCCUUAUGCAACUUGGCCCUGUCCACUCAAAUGCCCAUCUCUUCCUGCCUAGCAGUCUGCCACACCUUGGAGCUCAGGCUGGGUGGGUUCUGUGUCAGCAAAAAGCUUGACCCCUGGCUGGAUGAAACAGUUGCCUGCAAUCACUGUUAGCCCCUUAUUCACCCAGCCUGUCCCUGUGUGCUCCCGGCCUGCCCGGCCUGAUGCACUAGGGAUGGAAUCAGGAGUCCCCAGCCAGGAACCCCUAAACCUUCCCCCAUCACAGAUGAGGUUGGUGGCUGAUCAGACCUCUAUAAUUUUAUACUGUAAUAAGCUCUUUGAAUGUAUAUAUUCUUAUUUUUACAAUCUUUUCAUUUUGUAUUUAAGGUCAAUGGACUGAGUCAGAUUCAGAAAAUAAUUGUAAAUGUUCAUAUUCAAUAUCUUAUAGCGAUACAGUUUUGUAUUUACAUAUAAAUAUACCGACAUGAUCAAACCCUUUUAGCUUCAUCAAUUUAGUAGCAGUCUGGUGCCGGGAAGGUGAGGAGGGGGUCCAAGAGCUCAUCUGGGAGGGAUGGGGAGGCCAGGAGGACCCAAGGCCUGGGUAUCUGAGACUCAGUUCUCAGAGCCAUCUGCCUUGUCCAUAGGCCAUGGCCCUAACCCUAAGGUUAACAACUUGGUGUUUCAUAAAUCUGGGCAGGCAAAGGGAACUACUAGUUGAAUGCUAGCUGGGUGCCAAUCUCUUAUGCUUGGGGCUUUUCCCCCCAUUACCUCAUUCAAACCUAACAGUAAUCCAAUGAGAUGAUUAUCUCUCCCUUCUAUCUCUGUAUAGAUGAGGAAUGUAAGGUCUGGAAGGGUACAGCGAUUUGAUCUGGAACCAGAGCUCAGAUUGGUCUGCUCAUAAAGCCUUUGGCCUCUUCACCACAGUACCCUUUCCAGAUCAAGAUAGUGUUUUUUCCUUGGAAACCAGGGGCUUGUUAUUUUUUUUUUUUAAGCUCUCUUUUCAGAGUAUAAACCAUUCGCAAAUUCCGGGUAGUUGAUCCUGGGCCCCUGAUGCAUGUUGGAUAACAGAGCUGGCAACUGAUGCUCCCAGAUUUAACCUCCUGGUGUCGGCUCGUGAGGUCUACAGAGUACCAAAGGGAUCAUCCUCCCAAGGAAACACCAUGUGUAGGGGUACAGUGGUCUUUGUGGGAAGAUCUAGCAUCUCGUAGAAUGGAACCAGCUUUGUCCAUGCAGCACCACUUCCUGUGCCAUGUAGCUACUCCCUGUUGACCAGUGCCAGCCUGCCUGGUUGGGGGCAGUUCUGGCCUGGAGAGUGCAAAUGUUGGGGUGUUCUUAAUAAACGUCAUAGCAGCCAACAUUUAUUGGGUCCUUAAUUCUGUUCCACAAGCCAUUCAAAGCGCUUUCUAGAUAGUAUUCACCACCCUGAAAACAACCUUUUGAGGUAGGUAUUGACUAAGAAAACGCUGACGCACAGGAAAAUUUAAUUAACCUAUCAAGAACCCUGGUCAUCUGACUCAAAAGGACCUGCUGUUAACUCAGGCUAGAGUCUCUCUAAGGACCUAUCUCCUGAUCUGCCAUUUUUCUUGACUUUCUUACUUCAAUCAAGAGCUCCCCGUGUAGAAUAAAAGAUUAAGCCAG